AUGGCACCUCAACCACGUUCAUUCAAGUCGGCUGCGGAGACGGAGAACAAUGUCCUUCUUGCAAUCCGACACCAGAAGGAUGCCGAAAGAUUCGUGCACCAGCUCUGGGCUCAGAAGGACUCGAUCGCGUCCCUAGUCAAGCACCAUCUGGGCCUGGGCAGAGAUGAUGCCUGCAAGGUCUUGUCUCAAGAGUCUUGGGUACAAGGCGGCUUCAAUAUUUGUGUUCUCGUCGAAGUCAGCUCCGCUGGCUCGACAAGGCGGUUUAUUUUCCGCUGCCCAAUGUCUCAUAAACUCGCCGAGAAUCGAUAUCCUGGCACGAUUGAUGAGAAAGUUAGUAGCGAAGUGGCAACGUACAUCUGGAUGCAGGAAAACUGUCCCGAUAUCCGGAUCCCAAACCUCUUUGCGUUUGGCUUCCGAGAUGGUAGCCACUUUACUCAUAUCCAGCAACGGCCGGUCUACCGGAGAAUCUAUCACACGAUCUGGCAGUGGAUUUACCGUGCUUUUCGCUACCCGCUGCUCUCGAGUUACAGCCACAACCCAACUACUCUGUCUCUGGGAACCGCUUACAUGCUCCUAGAGUACAUUGGCCCCGAGACGGGCAAAAUGCUUUCGCUCACAUGGGAACAACAUUUGAAUGACCAUUGUAGACGGACUCGCCUGUUCCAUGGCAUGGCGCGCAUCAUGCUUUCCCUGGCCCGUCUCCCUCAUUCACAGAUCGGUUCCUUCAAGUUCAACCCACACGACGGCUCAGUCGCGCUGGCAAAUCGGCCACUCACUUGCACCAUGAUGAUUUUCGAAAACAGCGGGACACCGCGGACGAUUGAGCCAUCCCAACUUUAUCACAGCACGGAUAGAUUCGUCGCUGACAUGCUCACACUGCAUGACUGCCACCUUCUUCAUGACCCACACGCCGUGCGAGAUGAGGACGAUGGUCGAGAGCGAAUGGCCAUCAGGACCCUACUUCGGGCAGUGAUGCACCACUUCAUCCUACAAGAUCGACGGGAUGGCCCGUUCCUCCUACAGAUGACCGACCUCCAUCAAAGCAACAUCUUUGUGGAUGACGAUUGGAAUGUUACUUGUUUAAUUGACCUUGAAUGGAUCUGCGCUCUUCCAGUGGAAAUGCUGGCAGUGCCGUAUUGGCUGACAAACUGCAACAUAGACGGCAUCAUCGACGAGGAGAUUGGUAUCUUUGACGAAGCGCGGCAAGCCUUCAUGUCAAUCUUGGAUGAGGAGGCAGGUAAGAUGCGGUUCAUGCACGACAUUCAGAUCACGAGCACGAUGAGAAAAGUUUGGGAGUCGAAAGGAGUGUGGUUUUGGGCCUGUCUCAGAUCUGUGAAUGCUUGGAUAUUUGUGUUUGAGGAUCAUAUCCUCCCAAAAUUCUCCUCUAACGAAAGACUGGUAGCCGACUUGAAAGAGGUGUCGAGCUUUUGGCGGGAGGAGAUUGAUUCAGUUGUAGAAGAGAAGGUUGCCGAGGAAAAGAGGUACCUGGCCGAGCUCCAGGGCCUCUUUGAUGAAGACAUCUAA